AUGGUCUCUGAGUCAGCAAAGAAGGCCAUAAGUGAAAUUAGAUCCCUGAAUUUCGGCAUUAUUGAUUGCCAUCACCAUUUCUGGGACAACACGGACUGGAGACGUACGAAUUCACGUCUUGCGUACCUCCCACUAGAAAAAUACGGUCGUAAACCUCUUGCCAAACCACUGCCACCACCAAGACCAGACCAAAAGACAUUUGGUUGGCAAUCCAUGAGUGCUCAAGAUAUCGAUAAAUCUCUAGUGCAAAUGGAGAGAACAUAUGGCAGUCAUCAGCCAAUGAUGAUGAACUACCUCCUGACUGACUUAUACGAUGAUUUGGACGAAGGCAACAUACCUUUGGACGGGACAGUCUAUGUCGAAUGCGGGUGGAAGGAAUCUGAUCAGGCUGGUGAAACACGAUGGGUCCAGACAAAUGCGUCUGAUCGAACGAUGAGAGUUGGAGCUGGGAUUGUUUCUCAUAGUGAUAUGUUAAAGGAUCCUAAGUACGUUAAAGCAGAACUCCUCCGCCACGCCCAAAAUCCUUCCUUCAGAGGCAUACGAUACCAACUAGCUAAACGCAAAGCAGACCCGGAGACAAUGAAGCACCCCACAUUCCUAUCCAAUUUCGCCACUCUGAAUGAAAUGCAUCUUUGCUUUGACCUAAUGUGUCACCAGUACCAGUUGAAGGACGCCGCUGAACUAGCACGAAACUUCCCAAACGUAACUAUAGUGCUGGAUCAUUUGGCCUGCCCUGUUAUGGCUGGCAAGAAUAAGAGUGUUGUGGAUGAGUGGGUUGAGGGUAUGAAGGCUUUAGCAUCAAAUCCGAAUGUCUACGCAAAACUUUCUGGUCUGAUGCCUGUCCUAGGAACCGAAUUUCACAAAAGAGAAUUUACCGAUGCUGGACCUACUGCUGAAGAAAUUUCUCACUCCAUACUGGGAGUCCUUGUCAAGCAUUGUGUUGAGAUCUUUGGUCCUGACAGAUGCUGUUUUGCAAGCAACUUCCCAGUAGACAAAUGCAGUGCACGAUACCCUGAACUCUUAUCUGCAUACUGGAUUAUCUGUAAGAGGAUGGGACUUGAUAACAGGCAGAUGAAGGCUAUUUUCAGAGACAAUUCAGUCAAGGCUUAUAAGCUGGUGAUGCCUGAAGGAGUGACGCCCAAGUUGUGA